AUCUGGCCUAGAUCUUCCAAAUCUGCUAAGGCCUAACCCAGGAAAACAAUCUGCCAAGUGAUUUACUUUGCUGUUAGAUUUUCUAGAUAUCUAGCUCUACCCGAAUUGUGCCUUUAAUUUUAGUUUAUAGAUCUAUUACAGAUUCUAGAUUUCUUGACAUCUUUCGGUUACAGAGAACUUCCCAGUUGCCACACAGAGCAGACAGGAGUUAAAAACUUGUUGAAACACACUGUGAUAGAAAUUCAUUCAACCUGAACUAUGGCUGGCAGAGGAUUAGUAAAAGCCAAGAAAUACGAUUGGAAAGAUUCCAACCUUGCACUAUUUGGCUCAGACUUGGAGAAAAAUGUCAAAAAGGCAUCAGCAUCCAUGGAGGAGGCUUGGAAGGGUGCAGGAUCAAAACCAGGGCUUCUUGUUUGGCGCAUUGUGCAAUUUAAAGUAACACCAUGGCCUAAAGAAGAUUAUGGCAAGUUCUACUCAGGAGACUCCUACAUUGUUUUAAAUACCUACAAGGAGGAGGGUGGUGACCAACUGUUACAUGAUGUCCACUUUUGGAUUGGUCAGGAAAGUACUCAGGAUGAGUAUGGUACAGCAGCUUACAAGACAGUAGAGCUGGACACUUUCCUCAAUGAUGUACCCAUACAGCACAGGGAGGUCCAGGACCACGAGUCAGAGCUCUUCAAGUCUUACUUCAAGACAAUCACGAUUAUGAAGGGUGGAGCACAGACAGGAUUCCGCCAUGUGGAACCAGAAAAGUACAAACCUCGCUUGUUCCAUUUCUGUGGCCAGAGGAGGAAUGUUGUUGUUUCUGAGGUUCCCCUGAGUAAAGAUCGCAUCAAGUCUGACGAUGUGUUUAUCCUGGACCUGGGUACGAUCAUCUACCAGUGGAAUGGCUCUGGUAGCAACAAGGAUGAGAGGUUUAAGGCUGGUCAGUUCUGUCAACAGCUGGAGUCUGAGCGGUCAGGCCGGGCCAAGGCUCACGUCCUGGAGGAGAACACUACUGACCCUUCUCAUAUUUUCUUCCAAUCCCUGAAUGAAGACGAUGAUGAUGAUGACAAGUUUGAAGCUAAAGAUAAGCAGCCUGAACUGUUCAGGCUGUCUGAUGCUAGUGGCAAGAUGACUUUUAAAACAGAGAAGAAAGGAUCCAUCUCUAAAUCUGACUUGGAUUCUAAAGAUGUGUUUAUCUUGGACACCAAAUCCUCCUUGUUUGUCUGGGUGGGCAGUGACACGUCUGCUGGAGAAAAGAAAAAUGCCAUGCAGUAUGCUCACGAGUACCUCCAGAAGACAGACCACCCACUUGUUUCUGUCACAUGUCUCAAAGAGGGCCAAGAGUCCAAAGACUUCAGGACUGCUAUUGCUGCCUAAACCAACUGUCUGCAGAUUUUUUAACAUUUUACUACUACACUUUUUAACUACUCUUUCUAUGGGUUUUUAUUUUAUAUGAAAUUUUAAUUUUAAAUUUGAUAGCUAGUAGGCCUAUAUAUUUAUUGUAAACUAAAUGGAAGAAAGAUUUUAUGCUGUGCCUUAUAAGCUCUUCUUUUUAAACCACAAAAUAUAUUUACAACAGUAAAUGGUGCAAUUCUAUUCCGAUGUUGCCUUCAUUAAAAUAUGUUUCUUAUUUUUUCUUUGAGCUG